AUGGACCCUCAUAGCUUCAUAGCACGGGCGGAGGCACAACGGUGGCUCGGAAUCGCCGAGAAACUGCUCAUGGGUCACGACCUUGUAGGAUCCAAGACAUUUGCGAUCCGAGCACGAGAAUCCGACCCGAGACUUGAAGCUGCUGAUCAGAUCCUAGCAAUUGCAGAUACGCUCCUCGCCGCCGAGAAACGAGUCGCCGGGAGCCAUGGCACUCAGCAGCCGGAUUAUUACGCGAUUCUUCAACUCGUUAGGUUUGUUCAGGACACGGAGCACAUCGCCGAUCAGUACCGACGGCUUGCUGUAACAUUAAACCCUCACCAAAACCGGUUUCCGUACUCCGAUCAAGCGUUUCAGCUUGUGAAUGAUGCUUGGGCUGUGUUGUCGAAUCCCUUACGGAAAUCUAUGUAUGAUUCGGAGCUUGAUUUUCCACAACAGCAGGAGAUGAAUCAUAUAGGGUUUAACCUCGAACACCAUCACCAGCAACAGCAACAACAACAUCAACACCAGCAGCAACAUCAACAUAAUUUUUUUUCGAUCAAUCGUAUGGGGUCAGGAGCAAUUGUUUCAACAACGCGAGGAGGAAGAACUGUUUCAGCCUCAGGUACAACCGUUUCAAAUUACGUCGACGCCGCAGCAACAAUUACGACCACCGUCACAACCACCUCAGCCGCAGCUACCUAUGCGAUCGUCGACGCCGCCUCCUCCUCCUGCAGCAUCGGCACAACCUCCGGUGUCUUGGCCACAACCGCCACCGCAUUCUCAACCGCAACCACCUAUACAGUCGACGACUCCGUCUCCGCCUCCGCCUCCUGCAGCAUCGCCACAACCUACGGUGUUUUGGCCACAACCGCCACCGCAUCCACAACCGCAACCACCUAUGCAGUCAACGACUUCGUCUCCGCCUCCGCCUCCUCCUCCCGCAGCAUCGCCACAACCCCCCAAUGCCUUGGCCACAACCGGUACCACAUUCACAACCGCAGCCACAUAUUCCAUCGGGGUCUCCGCCGCCUCCUCCUCCUGAAGCACCGCUGCAACCCCCCAGUGUCUUGGCCACAACCGUCACCCCAUUCACAGCCGCCUUCACAUACACAGCCACAAUCACAACCGCAGCAGCAACAACAUCAUCAGCAACAAGAGUCGCUGGAACAGAAUGCUACCCCUGUCCAGCCUCCUACUAAUCCUGAUACGAACAAUGGUGUGAGCGAGGAAGAAAAAGAAACAGUAACCGAGUCAGAUUCUGAGAACAUCGAUUCAUCAUCUCCUACAUUUUGGACUGCGUGUCCUUACUGUCUAUACAUGUACGAAUACCCUAGGGUUUACGCAGAGUGCACCCUCCGUUGUCGCAACUGCGAAAGAGCGUUUCAAGCAGUUCCAGUCCCCUCUCCUCCACCCAUAAUCGAAGGCCAAGAAGCCUAUUUCUGUUGUUGGGGGUCCUUCCCAUUAGGGAUUUCGCUACCAAACCUCGAGAACAACAAUGGCAAAGGCACAAACAAAUAUUGGACAUCCAUUUCACCUCUCUACGAUGUCUCACCUCAAGUUCAUCUUCAUCACAAUCUAAACGAUAGUUCGCCAAAGAAAAGAAGAAAUUCGGAACCACGUAUCUACAUAGAUGAUGUUACAGAUGAUAUCUUUACAGGUAUCUCAGAACCUAGCGACGAUUCUGAUCUUGAUUGGAAGGGCACCGAUAACAAAAAGGUGAAAAAGAUGAAGAAGAGAGGUCGUAAAAGGAAAGCAAAAGGUGUACAUGUUAAGAAAACUAGAAAAAGGAGGAAAAAGAUUCUGGAAAACAGUGUAGAGAGUAGCAAAAAGGAAUUGGUUAGUAAUAGUAACCUAAGAAGACAAUCGGGUCGGGUUGCAAAAGAAAUGGGGAAGUUGGAUUUGAAUGUUGAGUUUAAUAACAAUGAAGGGGAAGAAUCUGGUUCAAAGAUGAUUGGUGGAAAUCGAGGUCAAGGGCAGGGUGAAGAAGAUAACAUUGAAGGUAAUGGAUUUUUUGAAGGGCUUGAUGAGUUUUUAAGCAGUUUGCCAAUACUUUCUGUUGUGAAUGAAGAAAAGGUCAAGGCUUCUUAG